AUGGGGUCCGAGGAAGACAAGAAACUGACUAAGAAGCAGCUCAAAGCUCAGCAGUUUAGAAAAAGUAAAGAGGAAAAAGACCAGGAGAAAGAGGUAAAGCAAGAGCAAGAGCAAGAGCAAGUGUCAGAUGGAAAAAGACCUAAUGGUGAAGUUGGAAAUGAAGGAGAAGAACCCGUGAAGAAAAAGAGAAAGACACGUAGAGGUCGGGGUGGUAAAGGCAAAAAUGGGAAGAAGGGCAACAGGUUCAUUGUUUUUGUCGGUAGUUUACCAAGAGAUAUUACGGUUGCUGAAUUACAAGGCCACUUCAAAAACAGUUCACCGGACCAAAUUCGUCUCAGAGCAGACAAAGGUAUUGCUUUCUUGGAAUUUGACGCCGAUAAAGAUCGCAGCGGCAUUCAAAGACGUAUGGAUAUUGCCUUGUUGCAGCACGGGACUUUGCUGAAGGAAAAGAAAAUCAACGUGGAGCUAACCGUUGGUGGGGGUGGUAACAGUGAAGACCGUUUGGAAAAAUUAAAGAACAAGAAUAUCAAAUUGGACGAAGAACGUAAGGAAAGGUUGACUAAGAUGAUCACCGACGACAACGAGAAGAAAAAGGCUAAAAUUACCGCUUCAGCUACUCCCACGGCCACAACCGGUUCGGAUAAGCCUGUUCCUGCAGGAAUUCACCCCGAUAGAGCUAGGUUGCUCAAAUAA